GGUUAAAAGAAAACCAAAAAAACUUCCUGACUUGGCUGUUCGUAACGCUGCGGUAGCUAUAUUUCAUUAAAAUGAGUUAUCUUGCGAAAUAACCUAUAGAAAGCGACCACAGUUAUACCUUAUGUAUCAGAGCAUUAUCAUACUUGUCUCAGCUAAAUUGUUAGCUUCUUCAGCGAGUCUCGCUAUAAUAGCUGCUACUGGUUGUUUUAUUUUAGAACAGAACCGUUCUGAGUGAAGCCAUGAUGGCGUCGAGCUACAACGCGAAGGAAGACGGUCACGUCACCGUACCUGGUGGUGGGACCAUCCAGAAUAAAAAGCCCGAUAACACAGCUUUUAAACAACAACGAUUACCUGCUUGGCAACCCAUCCUGACAGCUGGCACAGUUCUUCCAGCUUUCUUCGUUAUCGGGCUUAUCUUCAUCCCCAUUGGUAUCGGCCUCUACGUCACGUCCAACAACAUCAAGGAGUUCGAGAUUGAUUAUACUGGGACUGACAUGUCCAGCCCAUGCUUCAACUGCUCCCAGAGCUUUAGUUGGAACAGCACAAGACCAUGUACCUGUGCACUGCCCUUCUCUCUGGAACAGCCCUUUGAAAGCAACGUAUUCAUGUAUUAUGGCCUGUCCAACUUCUACCAAAAUCACAGGCGCUAUGUCAAGUCCAGGGAUGACAGUCAACUGAAUGGUGACACCACCUCUCUAAUGAACCCCAGUAAAGAGUGUGAGCCCUAUGCUCGCAAUGAAAAAAUGCCAAUUGCUCCCUGUGGUGCAAUCGCCAACAGCAUGUUUAAUGACACUUUGGAUCUGUAUUACAUUGACCCUAAUGGCACAAGAAUCCAAAUUCCUCUGAUGAAGAAGGGGAUCGCUUGGUGGACAGAUAAGCAUGUGAAGUUCAGGAAUCCUGGAGGCAACCCCAACCUCACAAGUGCUUUUCAAGGUACAACCAAGCCGAUCAACUGGCGCAAGCCUGUCUAUGAACUAGACACAGAUGCUGAGAAUAACGGCUUCAUCAAUGAGGACUUCAUUGUGUGGAUGCGUACAGCUGCCCUCCCCACUUUCCGUAAGCUGUACCGUAUUAUCCAAAAGAAGAACAACAUGACGCCGACACUUCCCCGUGGCAACUACACCCUGGAAGUCACCUACAACUAUCCUGUUCGUAGCUUUGAAGGCCGAAAGCGUGUGAUCCUGAGCACCAUCUCCUGGAUGGGGGGCAAGAACCCUUUCCUGGGCAUCGCUUACAUCACUGUGGGCUCUGUCUGCUUCUUCCUGGGAGUGGUCCUCCUCAUUAUCCACCACAAAUAUGGCAGCCGCAACAACACCGCUGACAUACCUAACUAAAGACAUCUUGUAUGUAUGUUGCAUGCUGGCUAGCAGAGGCAUGGGCGUAACCAGUGGCUAAUUACAAGCACUGGUGGUCUCUUGUGUCUGGCUUGUGUACUGUGUGUAAGAAUGGCCUGCUUGUCAAAAGUGCUGUGCAAGUAUUGGAAGCGCAAAGACGUCAGGGGAGAGUUCACUCAUAUUUAUUUUUCAUGGUCAGAAAGCUAUGCAGUUAACGUAGGUUUUUCUGUCAAGAUGUUGUAUUGACAGUAAGUUGAAAUGUAAUGACGCUACAUCAAUGUGCAGAUAGUACCGUUUUAAUUCAGAAAUAUGUGUGUGUCUGUCAUAGAUGUUUAUUAGUUCUAUAUGAAUAAAUUAUUUAAAAUAAUGUUUGAAGAUGGUCAAGCGAAUCGGAACAGUCCAUUAGGCUAAAUGUUGAAUUGCUUUGAGUCAAGGCUGUUUAUUCAUACAAGUAUGUUCUUGUUACAUACAUUACAGUAGUUUGAGGAACAUAUUUCUGGUCUGUUUACACUACAGAUAGGUCUCUAUAGAUUGCACAAGGAUGUGCACAGAUUUUCAGGUCAAGCGUUAUGGAAGGCUUGCAAUGUUUUCAAUGUACUUUAGAACUCAUUUUCUCAGUGUAUAAAUAGUCGUUCUGUUCAGCUGUCUAAAAUAUGCAGAGUCAAGUUUAAGUAACAUAACACAAAUGAAAAUAGUACAUUUCAAGGUUUUCAGGGACCAAAGCUCCAUGUAGCCUGGGUGCCAGUCUUUCUGCAUUCUUGCAAAUUCAUUAUGUAAAACAUGUUUAGCAUUACAAAUAAGUAGGCAAGAACACAGACAUACAUUGGACCAGUCUAGCAUUCAUUUUAUUCUAUGGAAAAACAUCCUUAUUUAUUUUCUUACUAAGAUUGUUGCAAAUUGGUGAAAUAUGUUUUGCACGAGUUACCUGGAGAUUAUACGCCUGUUGCUUGACAAAUAAAAUAAUAUCUGGACAACUCAUGUUGUUAACCAGAAUUGUAUUUGAAAA